AUGAGCGUUGUGCCCCCUGGUCUGUCAACGCAUCGACCAUGCUCCCCCUCUCACUGUUGUAUUUCCUCGCGGCCGCCGCCGCCUCGGACGUGCGGCACACGCAAGUCGUGAUCCUCGGCGGCGGGAUAUCGGGCAUCAGCCUCGCGCGCACCCUCACGGCGCACAACAUCACCGACUUUGUGCUCCUCGAAGCGCGGGACGAGCUCGGCGGGCGCGCGCACACCGCCACGCUGCGCGGGAGCGCGGGCGACGUCGUCGUUGAGAAAGGGUGUAAUUGGAUACAAGGCCCGGGGAAGGAGCCGAUCGUCGCGCUCGCGAAGAAGUGGGGGCUCAAGACGACGCCGACCAACUACUCGUCUGCCGUGUGGUUCGAGGGGCUCGGCGUCGAAGCCGACGGAGAGCGCGGGCGCUUCCUCGCGCCCGAGGAGACGGACGCAUUCAUGCUCGACUACGAUGACUUUAUCGAGAACGCGCCGGGGUAUUCUGAGUGGCGCAGCAACAACUCGCUCGUCGACGUUUCCGUGCGCGUCGCCACGUCCAUCAUGGACUGGAUGCCCGUCACGCCGCUGCAGCGGGCGUACGAGUACUGGAACAUCGACUACACGUUCGCGCAGUCGCCCGAGGAGAGCAGCUUCGCGAAUGCGUUUGCGCAGGAAGCAGGCAUUGCGAACGAGCGCGACGACUUUGUCGUGGAUCCCCGUGGGUUCAAGUACAUUUUCGUGCAGGAGGCGCGGGAGAUGUUCGGGCAGAAGCUCACUGACGAGCGUUUGCGCCUGAAUACGACCGUUCAUACCAUUGAUUACUCUGCGCUUGGUAAUGGUAGAGAUACCGGGGGUAAGGACAAGGACAAGGGCAAAGGCAAGGGCGGGGACAAGGACGGGCGCAGAGAGGAGCACAAGAGAGAGGAUAAGACCGCGGGCACGACCAAACCCGACAGGCCAGAGAUCCUCGUCCAUACCGACAAGGGCACGUUUGCCGCGCCACACGUCGUAUCGACGUUCAGCGUCGGCGUGCUGCAGCACCAGGACGUGAAGUGGGUUCCGCGCCUGCCGGACUGGAAAAAGGAGGCGAUAUUCACCUUUGCCAUGGCGACUUAUCAGAAGAUCUUCUUCCUGUUCGAGAAGCAGUUCUGGGGCGAUUCAGAGUUCAUCAUGUACUCGGACCCGGACGAGCGUGGCCGGUACAUGGUGUGGCAGAACAUCAAUGCGCCAGGCUACUUCCCACCCGGCGCAAACAACGUCUUGAUGGUGACAGCGACGGGCGCCUUUGGGCGACGGAACGAGCAGAUGAGCGACGAGGAGAUUGUAGAGGAAGCCCUCGUCGUCCUGCGCGAGAUGUACGGCGACGUGCCGGCGCCCCUCGACGCCCUCGUGCCCCGCUGGACGCUCGACCCGCUCUUCCGCGGCUCGUACUCGAACUGGCCGCUCGGUGCGCUCGACCAGCACCAUUCAAACCUCGGGCAGCCGCUCGGCGGCGCCCAGUCUUGGCUCCACUUUUCGGGCGAAGCCACUUCCGCCGACUCGUUUGGGUACGUUCAAGGCGCGUGGGACCAGGGCAUCAGAACCGCCGAGGCCAUCGUCGCGUGCUUCGCUGGCGACUGCCCCGACGCCACGGUGUAUGAGGCCGUCACGACGUGCGAGCAGGACGAGACGACUAUGUCAAGAAGAAGCGUGCGCGGUGCGGGGGGACGGAAGCGCGGGGGCGCGCCGCGCCGUCACGCCAUCUUGCCGCAGAAGCAGAAGGAGAAGAAGAAUUAGGAAUGCAGUCAAUGCCAGGACAUAGCAUCCUAGUUAUACGCCGCGUCUCGUGUCACACACGGCGGCUGCAAGCACAGGGAUGUACGGCUGUCGAUCACUCCGUCCGUGCAAUGCUUGCGUCAGCAUGCGGGUGGGCCAUGUAGCGCGUCAUGCAGGCAUUAAGCUCGCCGGACAUGCGCGCCGUCCCGAGAAAUAAACGCCACCAUUCCCGCUGCUGUCACUACGCAUGGUCUGCGGGGAGGAGAUGUCUCGAUGAUAUGGGAGUUGGUUUGCAUGUCUCAGCCGAAAACCUGGAAAGUUUGUACGUGCAGAGUUUGGCGUUCUGGUGCGAGCGUACGCAUU